AUGGUUGACUUUUGCCUAGAGAAAUAUGGUCAUAAUCAAUGUGAUAUUAAUUUUAUUCAACAAUUCGUAACAUAUUACAAGGCCGAACAUGCUAUAAGCUGGUAUACACGUGACACGUUUCUGUACCGACUAUUGAACGGAGCCUUAAGAACCAUGGACAUUGAAACACUGUAUUCAAUGCGGUUUUUUAUCCGAGAUUUAGACGCUCAGUUGGUGAAACGGUUUAAAGCACAGCGAUUAGAUUCCGCUUCCCUACUCCUAUACCGAGGUCAAUUCAUGACAGGACCUGAACUGGAAAACAAAAUCGUUAAUAACGUGGGAGGUUUUUAUUCAGUGCUAAGUUUCCUCUCUACCACACAAAACCGAGCCGUUGCUUCAAUUUAUGCCGGUGAUGGAACCAAUAUAGAGGCUGACAGUGUCCUAUUUGAAAUCGAAGUUCCCAAAAAUAAUCACAGGAUUGUAUACGCAGAUAUUUCAGGAGAUAGCGUAUUUAAUGACGAUGAAAACGAAAUUUUGUUUACAAUGGGGGCCGUCUUUCGUAUUAUAUCAGCGGAAAAAACAGACGAACAUGCAUGGUUGGUGAAGCUGAAGCUCAGCGAUGGUAACGAAGAUGUGGAAACAAGACAAUUAGAGCUCUGUUUGACAAAUAAAAUCAUUUCAUCAAAUGGAACGAUGAGUCUUGCCAGACUGGCAUUUCAUAUGGGUCGUUAUGAUAUAGCUGUGAAAUUUUAUGAGUCCUUACUUCAAAAUUCACUAGUUAACGCAGAGUUGAUACUGAUGUCCAGAAUUCAAGUAGAGCUUGCCCUCGUUUACUAUGACUUUCAACAAUAUGAAAAGGCUAUAGAAUGUUAUGAAACUUCACUUCAAAUAGAUUUCAACGAUUAUCCCGUAAGAGAUCUGAGGUUUAUCAAGAGAUAUAGUGAUUUGGGAUGUGCCUACUUAGCUAACCGUGAUUAUACGAAAGCUGGUAAGAUAUUGAGCAUAGCAAUGGACAUCAUUGAAGAUAAUCCCGAACCUGAUCAAACUUCGAUCGAGACAUAUGCAAAGAUUGUUGCCGACUUCUUUCGUGCCAAGAAACGGGAUAUUUCUAUUCUAAGUUUAAGCGAAAGAGUAAACUUAUCUGUCCACCAAUUCGAGUCUUUUUUGGAAAAGUAUCCAAACAGCUUGAGCUUAGGCAACGAUAUUGGAACUGUUUAUUAUGUGAAGGGGAACUAUGAAGAAGCCAUGGCAAUGUACGAACUUUGUCUCGCUAAUCUGCUAAGCUUUGAUCGCUACGAUCCGCGUGUUGCCGAGACAUACAGUAAUAUCGCACUUGUUCACUUUGAUGUAGGUCGAUUUGAUAUGGCAGUUGAAUAUUUUAGCAAAGAGAUUGCAAUUCUAAAAAGGAUUUAUCAUUCAAAUCACUUAGCUAUAGCCGGGGCAAACAAGGCGAUGGGAAUAUCUUAUUAUCUCCAAGGUGAUUGGAAACGGGCACUAGCUUGUUGGUUGAAGCUACUCGAUAUUCAUAUCUAUAACUUUUCAAAUAUUCAUUCAACAGUUGACGAAGAUUUCAUGUUUAUUGAUCGAAUUUUAGAAGAAUGGGGUUAUGAAGAGUUUUCAACUGACCUACGCGGCGGUAAACACACCGAUUCAUUUUAUGAUAUGUUUCCUGACAUUGAACCAGAUGAGAAAGCAUUUGUUAUUCAAGCGUGUUCACAAAAAUCAGGCGAAUUCAAGGCUCUGGAUUUGGCUCAAUUUAUUGAUGAUACUUAUUAUGAAUUAACGGGAAUUAAAAAGCAAAAUGGAGAUGAUUUGAUAAGAUCUGAAAGAAGUUGUCGUCUGGAUGUUCGUACGUGGGCAGCUAAGUUCGAAGCGAAUUCACAACGUCCAUAUUUCGAAAGACACAAAAUAGAUGAUGUGGUGACACAUCGUAAGGAAUUUAUUAAUCAUUUUCUAACACAUAAAGGUUUUUAUUACACAAUUACUGAUGGAGAAACAUCAACGUGGAAUAUUCUGACCCAAAUCUUCCUAAAAUAUAAUUAUAUGUAA